CUGCUACCACCCUGGGCCCCACUACUCCAUCUCCUUCUGCUACCACUCCAGACCCUGCUACUCCAUCUCCUUCUGCUGCUACCCCGGGCCCUGCUACUCCAUCUCCUUCUGCUUCCACCCCAGACCCUGCUACUCCACCUCCUUCUGCUUCCACCCCAGACCCUGCUACUCCAUCUCCUUCUGCUGCCACCCCUCCUACUGCAACUCUUCCUCCUCAUCCUACUACUUCCCUUCCUAUUCUUACCUCGAACACGGCUCCUCCUCCUCCUCCUCCCACCACUCCUGUGGUUUGUAUGAAUGGUGGGAUGCUGGAAAGUGGAGUCUGCGUCUGUCCCGAUGAGUGGACUGGACAGACAUGUUCAGUUGAGAACUUCUGCAGAGCACAGAAACUGGAUGGGUUUAGUUUCCCUCUCACACCCAUUGGCUGGUUUGCAUAUUCAAAGGAAGUCUGCCCAGAGGGAACAUCAGGUGCCAGUAAACCACAGGCCUCAAUCAGAUGUUCCACCAAGAAUGGAUCACCGAGCUUCGAGCGUCCACCACGAGUCCUUCAGUGUGACCAAACACUCAGCGACAUACAACAAAAUCUUACCAGCACAGCUGAUUUGGAGACGCUGGCAGCCAGCACUCAGAUCCUGACCUCCAACCCUGAAGAGCUGACGUCUGAAAACAUCACAACAGCAGCUCAGAUCGUGAACACGCUGCUGCUGUCUCCGAACACCACAGAGGACAUAAGGGUGGCAGCAGUAGCAACAGUCAGCCAGCUGCUGAGCGCCAACACCUCAGACAACGGCCAGGAAAACUCCGCCACUCUGGGCCUCACGGUGACCCUGGACCAGCUCUCUGUGGACCCGAGCAUCACGAUCAGCACAAGUCAGUAUCAGGUGGUUCAGCCGAACCUGGUGGUCCAGUCGGCACAGAUCCCUGCUGCAGACACUCAGGGAGUCCAGUUCACCUCUGUGGCAGGAACAUCCAGCAGUUUUGUUGCCAGCAGAAUUCAGCUGAACACCAACACGUCAACAGUCGUGGUGGAAAACGGCUUCAUAGCCGAUGCCCUGAUAUACGUUCAGUUCCCAGCAGCAGCAGUUCGUGGUCGUCAGGAGGCGUCAAAUGUCACGCUUGGUUUCGUCCUCUACCAGAACAACCAUUUCUUCAGGUCGAGGAGCUACAAAGGCCAACGGGCCAACAUCAGGGUGCUGUCGGGCAGCGUCAAAGGCCAGGAGCUCAGCGUGGUGCCGCAACACGUCGAGAUGCUGUUCAGACCAACAGUUCUGAACGGGACGUCGCUGCACGACUUCGCCUGCGUUUUCUGGGACUACACUGUGGAGGACUGGAGCACCGACGGCUGCUCCAAAGGAAACGCUUCAGACGGGCUGCUGAGAUGUUUCUGCAAUCACACCACCAACUUCGCUGCUCUCUGGUCUUUCAGAGAGAAAUAUGAAUAUGCAGAAGCCCUGGACUGGAUUUCCAUCAUUGGACUUUCCCUUUCUAUCCUGGGACUGACUGUCACAAUCAUUUUCCACAUCACGAGCCUUCGUAAAGAAUCUUGGAAGAACUUCAAGUUCGUCAAUACCGCCCAGCUGUGUAUCUGCUUCAGCCUGCUGGCCUUCACCAUCGCCUUCGUCACAGGAGUUGAGAACUCCAGCAGACAGGACCACACUGUGUCGGAGGUCAGAACUCCAAACAUCAUCCCGCAGGAUGAUGAGCACGUGGAUCCGGAUCGAGGCUCGUGCUCGGCGGUGGCGGCUCUGCUCCACUUCUUCCUGCUGGCCACCUUCAUGUGGAUUAGCAUAUACGGCAUUCAGGCGGUCCUGCUGACCCGGGACAGGCACAGGCUUCCUUCAUACUGGUGGAUACUGAGUCAGACUGUCGGAUGGGGGGUCCCGGCUGUCGUCAUGGCGAUCACACUGGGCGUCGCCUACAGGGUUGACGAUCCUCUGGGAUACAGACAGGAGGAAUUUUGCUGGCUUGCAGCUCUGGAUAAAUCCAAAGAGUUUCACUUUGGGAAGCCGAUGUUUUGGGGCUUCCUGCUUCCCUUUGGUCUGAUCCUGAUCUGCAAUGUCGUCCUGUUUGUCAUCAGCUGCAGGGAGUUCAACAACCUGAACAACUGGAAGAACAUUAUCAACGCUGUCUCUCUGGUGGCGUUGUUCGGUCUGUCCUGGCUUCUGGGAUACCUGAUGCUCGUCACCACAGGACCCACGCACCUGGCCCUCAGCAUCGUCUUCUGCCUCUGCACAGCCACACAGGGACUUCAGAUAUUCAUCUUCUUCACGGCCAGAAAGCCUGACUUCAGAGCCGCCGUGUGCCACACUGCUCAAUAUGUCUCAUCUGUCCACAUCCACAUAAACAGAAAGUACAUGCUGUGGAAGAACUCAUGGAGUCCAACCAGCUCCGAGAUCAAGCAAGACCCGAGAGACCAGCAGCAGCCUGACAUAAAGCUAAUGAAUCUCUAACCCUGGAAAAUGAGGACGUGAUGGUGGUAUGCCACAGUCAUGGGACAAAAUCUGCAUUUUUAUCACUGUUUUUAUAUCAAUAUGGAUGAGGGAGGACAUGAAGGUACUUCUCUGACUCAGACACGAGUCACAUGUAUUUUAGAUUACACUUCAUGGGGACAUCCUCAUCUC